AACAAGAAGAAUCACUUUUUACACUAAAUUUCCUCAACAUUUUCAUCGAAUAAUGGAUCGAAAUUUCAAGUUGUCUGCUGCUUCUUCCUCUUCCUCCAAGGUCGAACGCAGAAUUGUGGAGAAAAACAGAAGAAAUGAGAUGAAAAACCUCUGCUCUCAGCUCAAUUCCCUCCUCCCAAAUCAGGAUUCAAAGCAGAUUUCACUGACACUGCCGGAGCAGAUAGACGAAGCGAUAAAGUACAUAAAAGAGGCAGAGAAGAAAGUGAACGCUGCGAAGGAGAAGAAGGAGCGGCUGAUGGGGAAGCAGAGCUCCACGGCCGCAACAAUGGAGGGUUCUUCUUCUUCUUCUCCGGCGGCGCCUCAGCUGAAAAUUCAGGAGAUUGGUCGCAGUCUGCAGAUUUUUCUGAGCAGUGGAUCCGACAAUCAGUUCCUCUUCCGCGAAACUAUUCGCAUUCUUCAACAAGAAGGUGCCGAAGUUGUCAGUGCCAGCUUCUCCGCCGCCGCCAACUCUGUUCUCCACACAAUCCAUGCCCAACUUGGGGAAUCCAUGGUUGAAUUUGGAGUGGCAAAAGUGAGCGAGAGACUGAAGGGUUUGGUUUAUGGGUCGGGCAGCGACGUGGAGUUGCAGAAGGAGGAGCAGCCAUGGUGGGAGUUCGAAUUCCCACCUGACGCCACGUGGAAUUUCUAAUGAAUAACCAUUAACUAAAUUCAACUGCAAACACACCUUCCAAAUGCAGGCCUUUAAAAAGAUGAUAUUGAAGUAAAAAAACCAAUAUAUGUUGAAGCAAACAAAACAUGUAAUAAGGAAGGAAAAAAAGCUGAAAAGAAAAAGAAAGAACCAUUAGUGUUAAGGGACUGUGUUGGUUGUUUAAUUAUAUUUGCUUCUUCAGUCU